AUGGCUUCUGCUCCACUUCGGAGAUUUAUGCCGAUCUUGAUGCGCACCGUGGUCCCAAUGAUCGGAUGUGCCCUGCGUCAGCGGGGAAGUUCGACCAAGAUGAAGGAUGAACCACGUCAAGGAUUGAUUGCUGCCCGAGAGUUGGCAAAGUUGGAUAAUUCCAAAGCCAAGAUGAGUGUUGGCCGGCGGCACCUUAUUGCUAAACUGCAUGCAAUGAGAGUAAAUAAGUUUGCAACGGCAACAUCGAGCUCAUCGUGUGCCGAUUCUUUUGGCCAGGAUGAGCCCGAGGAUGAGCACAAUUCGUGGCUUAGCCGUGGACGUAAGAAUCAACCGCAAUGGAAUGCCUUGGGAUCAGCUUCAUUUGUAAUGAUAUCGGGAGGCAUGAGCCAGGCAUGGGGUGCCGGUUUUGCCAUACACUCAGGUCAUCGGGAUCAAUUGUUGAUGACAGUUCAUAUGCAGAUUAGUUGGUAUGCAGCGGCCACAAUUGGUGCCAUACUUGGAGCCUUGCUAACACAUCGGAUACCCCAACAGCCAAUUUAUAUCAUUGGCUCCUGCCUGGUCUUGGCCUGUGGCGUACUCUUUUUGGCCUGGCCCGAACGUUCAAGCGUUAUUAUUGCCGCCCGCUAUCUCGAUGGCCUGGCCAAUGGUCUUGUCUUUGUGCCUGCUCUCAGUACAGUUGGUGAGAUAUCUGUCGAUAGUAUGCGGGGUCUAUUGUCCUCCAGUGUGGAUCAAUUGAGCUGCAAUACGGGCAUAAUGAUGCAGUUACUCUAUACAUCCAUUUGGCAUAUCGACUGGAAUGUUACCAUUGUGGCCGAUCAGGUUCAUGGUGUUCUAAGCAUAGUCUAUGGUGUGAUUGCUUUAGCCUUGGCAGCCACCUUGUGUGUGGAGUCACCGGUCUAUCUAUUACUUCGAAGCAACGAACAGAGGGCAGUGGCCGCUUUGCGCCAUCUGCAGAGACCCUACAUGGUGACAAGUGAAACGUUUCUACAGCUGGACGAACAUAAACGUUAUGUGGCCGCCAAUCGGGAAUUAAAAUUAUGCGAGGGUUGCAUUCAAAGGGGCUUGCCGCCAUUGCUAAAACUAUUGGUGCAACGUUGCCUCAGUGCCCUGGGCAUGACACUGGUCUUCUGGACAGCCCUAACCGAGACAAUUGCACGCACAUCGCCGCAUAUUCGUCAGUGUUGGCCCUAUAUGAUGCUGGGCAUUUUACGCUGGAGCGGUUGCCUAUGUGUUGUCCCAUUGAUGGACACAACGGGUCGCAAGAAACCAACACUAUUUGGAACCUUUGCCGCCGGGGCAUUUGCUGUGGCCUUUGCCACAUUGUUCGAGAGAAUGCCCCAUAUGAUCUCGGCCUUGGCCAUGCUAUUUAGCUUUCAAUUUUUCACUGGCAUGGCAAACACUGCUUCAGCUGUCUAUAUGACAGAAGCCUUUCCUUUGUCGAUUAAACCAUAUUUUAUUGCCUUGGUGUAUGUGAUGGAGCUGCUGACAAGACUUAUCUUUUGCAGUUAUACACCGACACUAACAGGCAUAGCAACAUAUUUUUACGCCAUGGGUGGUCUAUCGAUGAUUUUAUUUCUAUUGGGCAUCUUCUCAUUGCCCGAGACACGCCUAACUACUCUGACAGAGGCACAAGAAAAAAUGCGCAGAUGGUUCAAUAAAGAUUUUUAAGAAA